AUGUCACCAACAUGUAAAAACCUUAGCUCAAACCUUAAAAUAAACAUGCUAUCAGAGGAGCUGAGAGUUCAAGGAAGAUUAGCCUUUCCAAUGGUGUUGAUGAAUUUAGCUUGGUUUGCCAAAACAGCUAUCACAACAGCAUUUUUAGGUCGACUCGGUGAGCUUAGCUUAGCCGGUGGUGCACUCGGGUUCACUUUCGCCAAUGUUACUGGCUUCUCGGUCUUGAAUGGUUUGUCUGGUGCCAUGGAGCCUAUUUGUGGACAGGCUCAUGGUGCUAAAAACGUGAGACUCCUUCACAAGACUCUUGUCAUGACAGUUAUAUUGUUGCUAUUGGUAACAAUUCCUGUUACUUUCAUGUGGCUUCAUAUCGACAAAAUUUUGAUUCAUUUUGGACAACAAAAAGAGAUAUCAACUGUGGCUGGAACUUUUGUUUAUUAUCUUAUACCUGAUUUGUUUGUUAUGUCAUUCUUGUGCCCCUUGAAAGCUUAUUUGAGUUCUCAAAGCAUCACUCUUCCUACCAUGUUUAGUUCUGGUGUAGCACUUGCUUUUCAUGUUCCUGUUAACAUCUUACUCUCAAAAACCAUGGGUCUAAAAGGGGUUUCCAUGGCUGUUUGGAUAACUGAUCUUAUUGUUGUGAUUCUUCUGGCCAUUUAUGUUGUAAUUCUGGAGAACCGAAUGGAGACUGCGUGGAAGGAAGGAGGAUGGUGGGAUCAGAGUGUCAUGGAUUGGAUUAGGCUUAUCAAGCUUUGUGGAUCUUGUUGUCUUAACACAUGUAUGGAGUGGUGGUGCUAUGAGAUUCUAGUUUUGCUUACUGGCCACCUCGCGAACGCUACGCAGGCGCUGGGAGUUUUAACCAUCGUGUUAAACUUCGACUAUUUGCUUUUCUCGGUCAUGUUGUCGUUGGCCACUUGUGUUUCAACCCGUGUCUCAAACGAGCUUGGCGCGAAUGAAGCUGACCGUGCUUACCGGUCUGCACGUGUGUCUCUAGGAAUAGGUUUCAUCGCGGGAUGUACCGGAAGCUUGGUGAUGGUGGCAGCAAGGGGAGUUUGGGGGAAAGUUUUCAGCCAUGAUAGGGGGAUUAUAAAAGGAGUGAAGAAGACAAUGUUGUUGAUGGCUCUGGUGGAAUUGUUUAAUUUUCCUUUGGCAGUUUGUGGAGGCAUAGUUCGAGGGACAGCUCGACCUUGGUUGGGUAUGUAUGCUAGUCUAGGGGGGUUUUAUUUCUUAGCUCUGCCCCUUGGUGUUGUUUUUGCCUUCAAACUUCGUCUUGGCCUUGUUGGACUCUUCUUUGGACUACUUACUGGUAUUGUAGCUUGCUUGUCGCUUUUGUUAGUUUUUAUUGCUAGGAUAAAGUGGGUGGAAGAAGCUGCCAAGGCACAGAUACUAACAAGUUACGGUGCCAAAGAAGUUCCAUGUAAUGUGGCGGAAAUACAAAUUAGGGAACGUGAAAAUGACAAAGUGUAA